GAUCAAACCUACUUCCCCGCAUUUCGACCCCGGAUGACGGGUCUGAACAUAACCGGCUCAGACUACAAGCUCUUGGGCACAUAUAUAUUCCCCUUAUCCGAAUAAUAGUUUUCUAUCCCCCAAUUCCCCCCACUUUUUCCACUGCUGAUAAGCAUUCUUGGCUCUUCCCCACACCUUUUUCCAGCUUUCCCCGCAUUCACCGAUGGCGUUCCGACCUACAACACCAACUGCAGAGAGUAUCCCCCCAGCCGACGUCAAGCUUAGAUUAAAUCCUCCCAGCUCGAAGGAUGGUCCCACCUACCUACAUCCGUUGAAUCCCCUCCUUUUCUUGCUUCGAGCAGCGCAAAUCUAUCCAGAUAAGGUUGCUCUAGCGCACCCUGAUGUAAAACAUCCCGUCGUCUACACCUUCGCAGUAUGGGCUCAGAGAAUCCAGAACAUGGCUUAUGGCUUGAUACGUGCAGGGAUUAAACCUGGUGACAGAGUGGCAGUGAUUGCUCCGAAUUCGUACACAGAUGCAUGCCAUGGUGUCCUAGCUGCGCGCGCUAUCCUAACCCCCAUCAACACGCGACUCAGGCCACAAGAGCCAAAUCACAGCGGUGCCAGUCUCAUCCUCAUCGAUGAAGAGCUGCUGCCACUCAUUGCAGGAUCCAAGCUUCCUAGGAUUGUGUGCAAGGACACUGGUAGAAGUGAUGACCCAUAUGAACAAUUCUUGAGUGAGGGUCGACGUUACAGCCAAGAGAGAGGUUGGGCCGGCUUAGACGUAGAGCCGGAUGAAAAUGCAGGGGCUUUGCUCUGUUAUACAUCUGGUACCACCGGACGACCGAAAGGGGCCCUCACAACACUGAGAGGCACCUAUUUAGCUGCCAUCGGCAACGCUUUUGAAGGACGAAUUGACAAAGAAUCCACGUACCUUUGGAUUCUCCCUAUGUUCCACGCUGGAGGGUGGACCUUUCCGUGGAGUAGCACCUUCGCGUUCGCAACACAAAUCACCCUACGAACCGUCAACUACCCACAAAUCUGGAACCACUUUUUGCAUUCCAAAGUGACUCACUACUGUGGUGCUCCGACUGUGCAGAUCGGUAUCGUGAAUGACCCAUCUGCGAGGAAGUUGACGAGGCCCAUUUCUGCUAUCAUUGCUGGUGCCGCGCCGACUGCGCAUCUCCUCGGAUCGCUCGAAGAAAUAGGGAUCAAGCCCAUUCAUACAUACGGUCCAUUCACCAGAGGCUAUGACCAACUAUUCUGGGCCAAUAUUAGUCUCGAGCAACGGUCGAAGCUAAUUGCUCGACAAGGUCACAGUUUUGCCACAGCAGAAGGCGUUCGUGUAGCAGAGAUGCGGGACGACGAUCAAAUUAUAGAUGUCCCUCGAGAUGGGAAGACCGUGGGCGAGAUUGUUACUAGAGGCAAUCUUGCCACAAAAAAGGCAUUCCGUGGAGGGUAUUUUCAUUCGGGAGAUUUAGCCGUUAUGCAUCCUGACGAGUCGAUCGCCGUAGUCGACAGAAGUAAGGACAUCAUUAUAUCUGGCGGAGAGCUAUCAAGCCAUCCCCAUGUGCUGGAAGUUUCCGUCGUUGCUCGGGCGCACCCGGUGUGGGGCGAACGCCCUAUGGCUUUUGUCAUAAUUCACCCAGAACACGUGGCCCGAUGGUCUGGACGCGUUGACGAAUUCGUAAAGGACCUCAUGGAACAUGCCAAGUCGAGGCUUCCUGGAUUUGCUCGCCCGGAGUGGGUGGAAGUUGUUCCUGAGCUACCAAAAACCUCCACUGGAAAGAUUUUGAAGACAGAAUUGAGAAAGAGGGUAGCAAAAUUGUGAAUAGGAUGCACUCAUUUCUAGAGGUACCAAAAUAAAUGCAAAGAUAUGUUUAC